UAGUUAGCGUGCGCAAGAUUGCAGCCCCACAGCUGGCAAAGUGAAAAGUCAUUUGACUGAUCUUCAUCUUGGGGCUUCCUCCCGAGAAAGCGAACAUGUGCUAAAUGGGGCUGCGUCACGCCCCCUCGCCUAAAUUCGGGCACGGAGACCAGCUUGCGCUUCUCGCCCUGCACAGGCGCCCCUGGAGGGAAAAGGAGGAGCCUCUGGCGGACGGCGCCCGCCCCCUUGCUUAAUCGAGCGCAGAGGGAGGAGGAAGCUGCAGCCCCGGCUGCUUUCCCUUACGAGAGCCGGCGCCGGCUUCCUCGCACCCCGCGGCCGGCUUCAUGGCUCCUGCGUCGCGGAUCGCUGACCUGCGGCAGGCGGGCAACGAGCAGUUCCGCAAUGGGCAAUACAGCCAGGCGGCCGCCCUCUACGGCCGGGCGCUGGAGUUACUGGAAGCAGCAGGGGAUGCAAAUGCAGAAGAGAGGAGUGUUCUUUUAUCCAAUCGUGCUGCCUGCUAUUUGAAAGAUGGGAACUGUAGCCUCUGCAUUAAGGAUUGUUCUGAGGCCCUGGAUCUGGUCCCUUUUGGAAUCAAACCCCUGUUGAGGCGCGCAGCAGCCUAUGAAGCUCUUGAGAGAUAUAAUUUAGCCUACGUGGACUACAAAACUGUGUUACAGGUUGAUAUCACUGUACAAGCUGCACAUGAUGGAGUCAAUCGAAUGACCAAAGCCUUACUGGAAAAAGAUGGUCUUCAGUGGCGGCAGAAGCUCCCACCCAUCCCAUCUGUUCCAGUUUCUGCUCAGAGACUGUGGGAGCCCCCACCUGGAAGCCAAGAAGCUACUACAAGAAGCAAUGAAAACACCACUGCAGGAGCAAAGCAAGUGCCUACUGCAGCCACAAUGGAUCGAGCAAAUGUGUUGAAGUUGGAAGGAAAUGAGUUUGUAAAGAAGGGAAACUAUAAAAAAGCUGUUGAGAAGUACACAGAAAGCUUAAAACUCCAUAAGCUGGAAGGUGCAACAUACACUAACAGGGCUCUUUGCUACCUGAAUAUGAAGCAGUACAAGGAAGCAAUUCAGGAUUGCUCAGAAGCACUUAAGAUGGACCCAAAGAAUGUCAAAGCAUUUUACAGACGAGCACAAGCAUAUAAAGAGCUCAAGGACUACAGAUCUAGUAAAGCAGAUAUCAACAGCCUCUUGAAAAUUGAACCAAAGAACAGUGCUGCUCAGAAACUACUGCAAGAAUUAAACUCUUAAAAUAAGAGAGGCUAAAGGCAACACCAUCCUCUUCUGAAGAUACGUUUCCUGUUUUGUUUGGUUUUUAAAAAAAUGAUCACAGGGACCACCAGCCUGAAUGCAGAGCCAGAUGCAAAAUUCACCUUUCAGACCUGUUGGCAUCUUUCUGGUUCCUUGCUUUAUCAAAGUUAUUUGUUCUUCCUAUAAAGGCUUCCAAAAGUUCAGUGUGACCUUCUGAGAGUCACAACUUCCUAAUAGAAUUUCCAGAGUGGUAGCUGUACUGCAAGCCCCUUAUUCUAGCAAAAUUUACCUUAACUCACUGAGAAAGAGAUUACAGCAGACAGGGCAGCACUUAACUGAUAUUUUUUGGUAGGUGGAUGUGUUUUGCAGAGCGAAGAACUGCAAGCCUCCGGUUGUAGGUGCUUAUCUAUGUAGGUAGCAGCACAAUUGCAAGCUAAAGUCUUGGACUGACACAGUGGCUGACGGAUGGAUGUGUUUCAAAAGUAGUCUCUGCUUUGCCUUAACUUUUGUGCACUAGGCUCUAGUUGAGCGUUCUGCUCUUCAAAAUGUUAUUUAGGAAUCUAAUGCUGCUUUUAUCCUUUACCAAAGAGUCUGGUACAUUGUGCUGCUCUUAUGCUGUGUGUACCUUUUGCAGACUUGCGUUCUUUGUUAGAUUAGGCUGUUUCUUUUAUGCUUAGCUUGAUUGCCUGUUACGUUUUUUACACACCUAUUACUUUAUGAUGACACUCCCUCCUCUGAUAUAUGUUUGAAAGUGUUAUAGGCUAAACUUUCAGCUGGGGGUGAGGGCAGGAAGCAAAGCAGACAGGCAUAGCCAAUUUUCCUGCUUUCAUAUAGAAGGAACAUGCCCUCAAGAGUAGAGCAAUCUGCAUGUACAAAAACCUUUUGCCUAUCUGCCUGCUCAUAGACCUCCUUAUGAAUAGCGGCUGAUAAAAUUGAUGUUGCUUCUAGCACUCCAGACUACAGGUAAGGUAGAAUGUCUGGUAGAAUGUUUCUUACUAUGAAGAAUCCCUCUGCAGAGUGACCUGUGCCCCCCUAUUAUUCCUGACCAGGGCAGACCGGAGUUGAGAGUGCAACAUUUGAGUGCCACCACUUCCCCAGCUCUGUAGCAGAUAAUGAAAUAGCAGGUGCCUUCUCCAUCAUCUGCUUUUCUACAUUUUUAAAAAAAUAGAAGGGCAUUUAUUGCAAGAGGCUUCACCUGCACUCUGAUAGUGUCCAGGCAGCUGUUUACUAGCUCUUCUGCUCUUUGUGAAAACUAGGCUCAAAAUUCCAUCGCCAAAAAGCGCCUGUAGCCUCUUUUGAGCCUGCCCUCCAGAGCAAGCUUUGCGGUUAGUCCCUCAACCUUGUAUUAGUGAGAUGAUCCAAGACAAUCCCCAUAUUCUUUUGCCUUAGGGCUCAUGCCUUUUUGCAGGUAGUCUCUUUAACACAGUCAUGCACAGAGCAGGCUAGGCACCAAAUACCUUAGAGGGAACCAUUACUGUUAAUGUUGCACUGCUCAGCACAGUCCAGUAACAGCCGCCUCUCGCAUCCAUCUGGAAAUAUUGGGGGAAGAAAACUAAAAUCAGCCUAUGCUUCUGGUGUUUUGAACUUUUAAAUAAAUGUUUGGUUGUGCAA